AUGACAGCAUCCUACUCCAUUUUGUCCAUUACAAAUCCAUCGCAAUUAGCAGAUUUCUGCGCAGUGAUCAUACCUUGUAUCUGGGCUGGAUCUUUCAAAAGAGCAUUGUUAAGUCCGAAACGUCAUGCUGCUUUUAAAGUUUACGUCCAGAAAGUAUUGAAAGCGACACAAAUAUCAUGUACAUGUAUGAUUUUGGCACUCCAUUACAUCCAGAGAUUACGAGCAGCUUAUCCAUCGAUCAGAGCGUCCAUUGGUUCCGAAGUGAGACUAUUCACGACAGCACUUGUAUUAGCAAAUAAAUAUCUGGAUGACAAUACAUUUACGAAUAAGACAUGGUCCGAAGUAUCCAGCAUUCCUGUGAAUGAGCUGAACAUCAUGGAGAUGGAGUUCCUGUCAGCAUUAAAUUACAACAUCCAUAUUCCUCAAAAGCAAUUCUUUGCAUGGACAUCGACAUGCCAGCAAUGGUGGUCAAACAGCACAUUGAUGAUGCCCAUAUCACCAGCAACACCUCCUCCACCACCUGUUGUGAUCCCCAUGAUGCAGCCAUUGAAACGCACGCAUGAAUACAUCGAUGAAUAUAGCACACAGGCUACAAAGAAGCGAUACAUCCCUGAUCAGGCACCGGCACCCACUCAAAUCUACAGCUACAGUUACCCUACACCACCACCCAAUGUUUGUAAACCCAUUUUGAGCUGGUCCUCAUCUGUUUCUGCAUUAUCAUCAGCCGCCAAUAUAAAUACAUAUUACAACACUACCAACAUGAAUGCAUUCCACCAUCAUCCAUACAAUCAUUCAUAUCAAUAG